CAUGCUUGAGUCGACGACUUUUAGGUCCCUCUUCACUUCCCGUAGCCCUCGUUUGAAGUCUUUCAAAAAUGAAAUACCCCGCAAGAUGGCAGAGGCAACAUUUAGCGGCUUAGGAAAAAACCCCGCGGCCAAAGGAAUCUCGGAGAGGGACGUGCCGCACAUUCGUCUGGCCAACGAGGCUGACGUCGAGGAUAUCUACACGAUCGGGAAGAAAUUGGGCCACGGCAGUUACGGGGUGGUGUACGAAGCCACGCACAAUAGGACGCAGACCCAAUGGGCCAUCAAGACCGUUUGCAAGGCAGAGCCGGGAAGUACAAAGAUCAAGAUGCUGGAGCAAGAAAUCAAAAUACUCAAACAAGUGGACCACCCGAACAUAUUACGCCUGGAGGAGAUCUACGAAACGGCUCAGAUGACAUAUUUAAUCACCGAGCUGUGUGUCGGAGGCGAACUCAAGCUGGUCCUGCAGCAGAAACGCUUCUUUCCAGAGGAGGAGGCAAGGCACAUCAUCGGAUGCCUCGCGGACGCCAUCACCUACCUUCACAAGAAAAACAUAAUGCAUCGAGAUUUGAAACUGGAGAACAUUUUGGUGAAAAAUUCUCUCGAGGACUACAAUGGCAAGCUUGACAUCAAGGUGGCAGACUUCGGCUUGUCGGUGAAGACGCUGGGCGUCGGAAGCGAAAACAUCCUGUCGGACAUCUGCGGGACGCCGAUCUACAUGGCUCCUGAAAUGAUGAGCCAACGCGGUUACACACACUGGUGUGAUAUGUGGAGCGUCGGAGUCAUUAUGUAUAUUUUGCUGUGCGGGGAGCCUCCGUUUGUGUCCAAGUCGAAAGAAAACCGACUUAAGGAGAUUAGGACAAUAGGAGUCCAAUUUUCCUCCCCCAUCUGGGACACAGUCAGCGAUGCAGCAAAAACUGUGGUGACGUGCCUCCUGAAAGAGAACCCGGCGUACCGCAUGUCGGCCAAUCAGUUGCGAGACAACCCGUGGAUUACGGGCGACACCAGCACGCCCGCCAUGCCUCUCAACGCACUGGAGAUGAUGCACAACUUCCACGAGCAGGAGAAGAGCACGCAGGACCCCAAGCAAAGCCGAGACCCUCCCCCCGUCGCCAGGACGGCUUCCCCGAGGACGUCGACGGAGACCAAAAGCAACGGCGUGAGCCGCGCCCACCUCAGCGACGCGUCUUCUGCGCCUUCCACGUCCGCCAGAGUGACAAGAGAGGGCAGCGGCCAUCAACACGACAAAGCAAAAAUCAUUUCCGGCGCCCCCCUUCACCCCAACAUCCCACAAACGGCGGUGAAAUCGCGGCCGCAGUCGAGCAUCAAGCCGUGCAAGUCCCAGCGCAAGACCACCGUCAGCCCGGUGAAGAAAGCCUCCUCCCAUCAAAACGGACAGAGGUCUCCUCCGUCUCCUCUCAAAGUAUGACCGACUUUCACGGGCCGUCUACGGAACACGAAAGGCACAGGCCGGGCAAAGAAGGACCUCAAAAAAUACAAAUAAAUAGAUGCAGGCCCUACUUAAUCCAAUGGUUUAAGCAGGGAAGGGAACACGUUAGCGCAAUCGGACAGAAAUGUGCGGCGAUACGUAGCCGACGGCGGCGCCCAAAAAAAUCCUUGGACGCGCUCCCAGGUACACCUGCUCCGAUUCGGCUACUCGGUACUGCGCUUGUAGCUGCGCGUCUAUCUCACGCCGAGAGCCGUUUCUAAUGUUUUGCUCACAAAAUAAAUACAUAUUUCGGGGUGAGGUCAAUGCCGUGGCCGGUGUGCGCACUUUACAUCUACUGUGUGAAUCCUAUUUUUUGCCAAAAGGGCCUCGCUCUGCGGGGGCCAGAGCACAAUCGGCUGCGCAAAUGUUUACUUUUCGCCGCCGGCUGUUGCCAAGGCUGCCCAAACAAUACGGGCGCCCGUCUGGGUAUUCAAAUACACGUUGAACAUACAGAAAAUGUACAGUACAGUAUACAGUACGACGACUCGUCAAUAGGGGAAUAUAAAAACUCUUCUUUUUCACAAAGCAAAACCUUUUUUUCAGGUAUUUUUUUUUUAUUGGUAUUCAGGAACUACAGUGUCAAUAAAGUCUCUUUCCAAUCAAAUUUCUUACAACUGGAAAUUAAUAGAUAGUUCUGCGGAAAAGUAAAUAAUACACUUUUGUAUGAGAACCCUUUAUCAAAACGAUCCAUGAAUUUCUUAUGCCAUGUGGAUGUCUCGUGUACCGCGAUUCUCGGCCUGCAGAGUGCACCUGGUUAUAAGACUCACCAAGUACAUUAGUAAAGGAAAUACCAUUUGGUACAUGCAUACGCCACAGCUGUGUAAAAGCCGCAAGUGCCCACAUUGAAACACGAGAUAUUUACAGAGACGGUACACCUAGAGUUUAACGCUAAUGCUAGCGCUAACGCUAGGACAGUGCUAACGGUAGCGAUGCACUAAUGCCAAUGCUAUUGCCACGCUAACAGGGCCGGUUAAAUAAAAUCAUAACGGUAAAAAUCACGGAGACAACGGCACUGACACACUAGCGCAGUGCUAACGGGGCCGUACCGGUAAAAGUCACUUCCUCGGCACAUAUAUUCUCACUCUUACCUUUUCCGCUCGAGUGCCCCCCGUUGCGGCCGUGAGAAGAAAAAUGCACAAAUUAGCCGCAUCACCGCAUAAAUCGCAGGGUUGAAAGCGUGUGAACAAAGUCGCGGCUUUGCAAAUCAUUUUCAACCUAUAUCCAUCCAUUUUCUUCUGAGCCGCUUAACCUCACGAGGGUCGCGGGGAGUGCUGGAGCCUAUCCCAGCUGUCAUCGGACAGGAGGCGGGGUACACAAUGAACUGGUCGCCAGCCAAUCGCAGGGCACAUCAAGACAAACAGCCGCACUCGCAAUCACACCUAUGGGCAAUUUAGAGUCUCAAACAAAUGCUUAAUGCACGUUUUUGGGAUGUGGGUGGAAAACCGGUGUGCCCGGAGAAAACGCACGCAGGAAGGGGGGCUGGGACUUGAACCCCAGACUUCAUAACUGUGAGGCAGAUGCUCUAACCAGUCGACCGCCGUGCCUCUUUGUCGUGGAUUCCAUGAAAUAUAUUUUUGCGGGUGUCUAAAGUACUGCAAACGUACGGUGAGAGUGGUUAGUUCAUUGAAAAUAGCAGAGGUUACUUGUACACCGGUUGAACAGAGUCCAGGAAGCUUAUGACAAAGGGAUGAGGGAGUUCUUGGGUUCUUUGUCGAGACCAGAGACUUGGAACGAGGGUGUUCUUGGGUUCUUUGUGGAGACCAGAGACUUGGGACGAGGGUGUUCUUGGGUUCUUUGUGGAGACCAGAGACUUGGGACGAGGGACGAGGGACAGCGCGACGAGAAGUUUGCUAAGCUCUGGCGGAGUGAAAAACAGGGAAUCAAAAACAGCAAUUGUCAGACGUGAAGUUAAGAGUCACAGGCGGAGAGGCCGAAGUAGCACCGAUGGAAGCAGAAAUUGAACCGGCAGCCUCUUUCAAACCCGGUGAUUAUGGAUUAGCGGCAGGUGGGCGAGAAUGUGUGUCCCUCCAGAUGCUGCCAAGCCCAGCCCGAAACAAUAAAACAAGCUACAGUACCGGGAGUGCGCCCCAGGAAACGAGCCCACCAAAAUAAGACGAGGCUGUGCGGAACCACCGCAUGUAGCUUGAACGUGAUUUGCAAAUCGGCGGAUUCUAUUUUCAUUUAGGUUUCACGCUACGUCCCGUCGAGGUUGUACAUUAACUGCAAAGAGCAAAAUAUGAGCUGCAAGGUUAGGGUGGACGUUGGUGGCUAAUGUUAGCAUUUAGCAUAACACGAUUCAGUUAGCAAGCUAGCUGCGUAUUGUUUCACUAAUAUAUUUCGAAUCCCCAUUAAGAUUUGCUCUGAUAAUAAUAACUAAUUGUUCACAAUGACAGAUAUGGCAUGUUAAGACGUUCAAUUACAAGCGUGGUGAAAAUGAUGAAACGUCAGUGUAAAUAUUCAUCUGACGACUCCUCGCAAAUUGCUGGUCAUAAUGUCACGAAAAUCAUCAGCGAGUUUCUUUAACAGGAAGUUACUGGACAGUGUUCAAUAUGAUGAUGAAAAUGGCAUUAAACAUAAUUAAAAUGGUAGGUAUUAUUGGUGAUAAAACCAUGUUUUUUUUUUUUUUUUUUUUUUUUAACUCCGUCUCAUUUAACCAAUUGCUAAAAACACACCGUAGUUAUCUAAGAAGUGUGCGGGACAAGCCGAACUCACCAUAAUGUGAUUGACGUCAUCUGUAGAUUUUUCAAAUCUAUGUACAUUAUAAAAGAGACUUUGUGGAGACCGUUGAUCGCAGAAUUGCUCGAUUGAAGGAGCUGAAGUUCAAGUCAAAUUAUUUACGUUUUUUAAAAAACACUUCUUCAGCCCGUCCUGUAAAUUUUUCCACGUCCAAUCAUGUCCCACCGAAGUUAGCCGAGGUCAAGGUCAAAGUUCAACGUCUCCACCUAGACCUGUCUUCAGGCUUUAAACGUGAGGUUUUGUGGCACGGACAUGAUCGGACCGUCAUUUCCAGCCUACAAGCCGCCACUUUUUUCUACACGGUUUAUGCGGUGAUGCGGCUCAUUUGUGUAUUUUUUCUAACGGCCGCUCGGGGGCACUCUGGCGGAAGAGGUAAGAAUGAGAUCGGUGGAAUCUAUGUGCCGAGGAAGUGAUUUAGUUAGUGCUAGCAUGUUUCUGCUGUGUUACUAGCGUGUCUCAGUGAUAUUUACACCGGUAAAGUUUUAUAUUAACCGGCCCUGUUAGCGUUAGUGCUAGCGGGGCGCUGGCAUUAGCCCCGUGCUACCGUGUUGCUGCUGUAUUACUGGCGUGUCUCAGUGAUAUUUACCAGUACGUUUUAUUUUAACCGGCUCUGCUAGCGUUAGUGCUAGCGCGGCGCUAGCAUGUUGCUGCUGUGUUACUGGGGUGUCAGUGAUAUUUACCGGAAAUUUUCAUUUUAACCGGCCCUGUUAGCGUUAGUGCUAGUGUGGCGCUAGCCUUAGCGCUGUGCUAGCGUGUUGCUGCUUUAUUACUGGAGUGUCUCAGUGAUAUUUACCAGUAAGUUUUAUUUUAACCGGCCCUGUUAGCAUUAGUGCUAGCUUUAGCGCUGUGCUCCCAUGUUGCUGCUGUAUUACUGGUGUGUCUCAGUGAUAUGUACCGGUACGUUUUAUUUUAACCGGCUCUCCUAGCGUUGGUGCUAGCGCGGCGCUACCGUGUUGCUGCUGUGUUACUGGGGUGUCAGUGAUAUUUACCGGAAAUUUUCAUUUUAACCGGCCCUGUUAGCGUUAGUGCUAGCGCGGCGCUAGCGUUAGCGCUGUGCUAGCGUGUUGCUGCUUUAUUACUGGAGUGUCUCAGUGAUAUUUACCAGUAAGUUUUAUUUUAACCUGUUAGCAUUAGUGCUGGCUUUAGCGCUGUGCUCCCAUGUUGCUGCUGUUUUACUGGCGUGUCUCAGUGAUAUUUACCGGUAAGUUUUAUUUUAACCGGCCCUGUUAGCGUGGGUGCUAGCGUGUUGCUGCUGUGUUACUGGUGUGUCUCAGUGAUAUGUACCGGUACGUUUUAUUUUAACCGGCUCUGCUAGUGUUGGUGCUAGCGCUGUGCUAGCGUGUUGCUGCUUUAUUACUGGAGUGUCUCAGUGAUAUUUACCGGUAAGUUUUAUUUUAACCGGCCCUGUUAGCAUUAGUGCUAGCUUUAGCGCUGUGCUCCCAUGUUGCUGCUGUUUUACUGGCGCGUCUCAGUGAUAUUUACCGGUAAGUUUUAUUUUAACCGGUCCUGUUAGCGUCGGUGCUAGCAUGUUGCUGCUGUGUUACUGGAGUGUCUCAGUGAUAUUUACCGGUAAGAUAUAUUUUAAUCGGCCCUGCGCUAGCGUUAGCACGGUGCUAGCGUUCGCACUAGCGUUGGCGCAGCGCUGGCGUUAAACUCUUUCUGUGUACCGUCUUCCUUUGUAAAUAUCUCGUGUUUCAAUGUGGGCACUUGGGGAUUUUACACAGCUGCGGCGUAUGUAUGGACCAAAUAUUCAGAUAUUUACUUUACAAAUUAAAACCAGACGCGCUCUGCGGGCGGGGAAUUAAGGUACACUGUGAUAUAUGUGCCAAAAUGGUGGAAAGCGUGAAUUGAUCCCGGCAUUUUCAAUGAAGACGCUAUCCCAACAUCGCAGCGGGCGACGGCGGAGGCCGGGGGCGGGGGUGUGUGACUUUCUUUCUGUCCGACGCCGCGACCUCUCAAUUUCAAACGUCCCGGAAAAGCGGCGGCGACUGCGCCCGCUCGCUGUCGAAACAGAAAAGCCUGUCACACCGGCUGCUUCCGCCUCUGUGUGAAUGCGCAGGAUUGGGACCGAGGGCAGGCGCGGCUCUAAUCUUGUUUGGAGGCCAUUGAAAGCAGCCGCAGCUACUUUGAGGGCGCUUCCAUUCAAACGCAGCAGCCCCCCCCCCCCCCCCCCUCUGUAGAGAGAAUAAUCCCUCGCAUAGAUACAACAUUAAAGUAGCCAAGCAGAACACACAGAGGCUUGCAUUUCAAAUCCGCCCAUUUGCAUCUUGGUAAGCGACGGGGCCCGCUUUGCCCGCGUUCGUCUGAUGGAAAAUGCGGCAAAAUUCUUUUGUUUUUAUUGGACGCAAGGGACUCUUCAAAUGUUCAUCAAACUGGGUCCCCCCCCCCCCCCGAACCGAUUAUUAUGUACAGUUUUGAGAAAUAUUACAAUUCUCAAGAUUGCAUUCUAAUUUUGAAGCUGUGGUUUUCUCACACCGGUUUGAAGACUUUUUUUUCAAG